CUAAUGUCAUACAGGGCUUAUGCACUGAUGAGAAAUUAUUUUUCCCUCGGCACAUGUUGAAAAUGGGGAAAAGACAUAGCAGAAUAGCACCUAAAACUCUAGCAGAAUUGAGAGAUCAGACAAAUUUUACGGUAGGGGAAAUCCAAGAAUGGUACAAGGAAUUCAGGAUUACUUGGCCGAAGGAGAUUUUGACGAUGAAAGAGUUCAAAACGGCAUACUCUACGAUUUUCCCGAUAGGGGACGCUGCAGAAUUUGCCGAGCACGUUUUCCGCGUUUUUGAUCUUAAUGGGGACGGACUAUUGGAUUUCCGCGAAUUCAUGUGUGGGUUUAGCGUAGUUUUGAGGGGUAGCGUAGAAGAGAAAUUAAUGUUCAGUUUCCGGAUUUAUGACGUUGACUGCAAUGGAUUUAUUUCCCGGGAUGAGAUGAAACAAGUUCUCUCUGCCGUUUACAACGUGGCUGAUGAAAUAAACAGAGAAGAUCCCGCGGAUAAGACGGAGAAAAUAUUUAACCAGAUGGACAUAAACGGUGACGAUAAACUGUCCCUCGACGAAUUUAUUAAUGGGAUUAAAAAGAACUCUCACAUCGUCAAAAUGUUCAACAGCGAGUAAUACAAAUUAGUCGUUACACGUGAGCGUAUAAAAGGAUUUACGUCUCAGGCUUACGUUGUAAUCAAAGUUUAGCUUGUAAAAUUCAUAACCCCGUGGUGUUUUAUUUCUCUAGAAUUGUUUGUCGAUGUAUCUGCAAAAUACUCAUAGGUGAGGAACACCAAGAGUGGUUAGUAGCAAUGUUUCAAUAAUCAUUAUUUGUUGCUAUCAAUAAUCUGUAAAAUGCGUGCAUAUACAAAUGUACCUAUGUGAUUUCUUAUACAAAAGCAUCAUUGUCUAUGAAUAAAACACAUAAAAACGAAAAGAACGUAUAUUUAUUUCAGGAGAUAAAAUCUAAUUAUUGGGAACAAAUGUGAAAAGAUAUAUUCACCAGCGGGCGUUAAACAGAUAAAUAAUCUAUGACCAAAUCAUUAUAUUUGACAUGGUAUGUUUACCCCUCCUAGGCACCUGAUCCCACCUCUGGUAUUACUCUCUAUUUUGUAUUCCCUAUAGGAAUUAUGAGAUUGGUCACUGCUCGUUAUCUUCACCAUUCAUUGUAAGACGCACACUUUCGACACAUGUGUCUAUCUACAACAUGUAGAUUUACAUAUUUGUAGUCUCUCAUUGCAAGAGGAGAUAUGGGAAAGAGAUCACCCAUUCGUGUGUAGGUGAGCAUGUGUGCAAGUGUAACAUUGAGUUUGUAGACAAUCUACACGACACAUUUUUUGUUCUGUUCAUUUGUUCUCAUAAUGCUUUGUUAUCAAAAGACAAAAAUCACUGUCAAUGUCGAGUUCAAAGCAGGACUUCAUAUACGACUUAAAUUACGAGGAGAUAGGCGCCGCUUUGCGGAGCUCUUGUUUGAAAUAGAUACAUGUAUUUACGUAUCUGCUUGUAUUAAUGCACACACAUUUGCUUGGUAUAAAUAUGUGGAUAUUUGCUUGUAAUGAAUAUGUGGAUGUUUGCUCGUGAUAAAUAUGCACACACUGGCUUAAAGUAUGUACACGUAUAUACACAUUUGCUGAUAAUAAAUAUGCAUACAUUUGCUAAUUACGCUUUCACUAUACUAUUAC